UCUCGUUCAUCAGUAGCAGUUCGGCAGGACCUACGGACCUACCCUCGGACGUGUCAGUCUAUUAGCGCCGAUAACCAGCUAAACUCGCGUUGUUGCCGCAGGUCGCAGAAAUAUCUAUCGAAAGGUGGUUCAGAAGCGAAUCGGGACCUUCAAUUCACGCUGAAAAUGAGAGUUUUAUAGACGCAGAAAAAGUGCCGGCUCCAGCUCAUCACGCAAAGUGCAUUGCAGUUUUCUGCUUCGCUCGCUCGUCUCUUGGCAGCCGGUGGAUUCGCUCCGCGACCGGGACACCCGGUUUGGUUGGAAAGCGGCAUUUUCGUGUCGCGCGAAUUAGUUACUUUUCACGGAAUUGCGAUUCGUUCGAAGAAAGUGCAAAAAUUUUCUGUGUUGAAUUUGUGGGGAUUCGGUGCAUUUCGCUAUGAUCUGUAUUCCAAGUGAGGAGUGAGCGAGACGGGCUAGUUUUCAGUCAUAGUGCGUUCCGUCUCGCAGUGUUUCGCCGCUCGUUUUGCACGGAAUCCGAGUGAAACGCUGAAAAGCCCGAGACGAGACACGGGAGUGUGCCGCUGACAUUUUCACGUUGAAACUUGUAAAAAUCGAAGUCGUUUUCCGCCCGGGAAAAAGAUCUGAAGUCGUUUAAAUGUGUAAAGUGGAUUCCAAGUUCUACGAGUGCUAGAAAAGACACCCGCUUGCAAUUGGCGAAAAAUUUUCGCGAAGUGAAAACGCGAGUCUAUCGUCUGACAGGCGGCCGGACAUUUUGUAGUAACGAGGAGACACCAGAACGCGGAAAAGUCGCCGAACAAUUCGGGGAAAUGAUCGAUACCGCCGACUUGCAGGCGUUCCUCGCCACCAAAGUCGAAGGAGGCGCGGUCGCCGUCGACUUAUGCAAAAUUGGCCAAAGCCACCAUCAACAACACGCCGGUGGUAGCAAAAACGCCAAAAGCAACAAUGGGAAUUUUCGAGUCGCGCUCGACAUGGAAGAUUGUUUGGAUCGAUUUUAUGGCGGAUAUUACUCUGACUGGGCCUGUGGCGGUCAGUGGAGUCGUGCCUACCAAUUUGUACAACUACUUCAUACAGCUUUCAAAAAUGCUCAUGUGGAAAUCCAUGCCUUCUUCGACGGGUCUUUGAAGAAAAAUAAAAAGACUGCAUCGGAACGAAAUGAUUUCCGACAAAAAACUCUUUCGGUUCUUAAACACAUUCGAAUGAUUGCAACGCCUCCGCCAAAAAUUUGGUGGUUGCCACCUUCGGGAAUUCGUACUACAUUAAGAAAUGCCUUACGAAGCGUUAAUAUUCAAGUUGCGCAAACUGUAAAUGAUCACACAAUGGAAAUCAUAGAAUAUUUCCAUGAACAGAAAUUAGAUGCUAUCAUAGGUCUCCAUCCGGAUUACAUCAUUGCAAACAGUUCUAGGUAUUUCAGUUCGCACGAUUUGCGAUUAUCUUACAAAGGAGCCUUAGAAACCAAAGAGUUUAUGGUUUCCAAACUACUCUCCACAUUGAGUUUAACCGCUGAUCACCUGCCCUUCGUCGCUGUUCUUCUUGGAGGAUAUAUUGUUUUAGAUGAGGCGAAACUAAAAAGUAUUUACGAGAAGUGUAAAAUCGAUUACAGUCUCGACUUCGAAGCUAGAAUUCGACGGAUCGCUGAAAUCGUCAGGAAUUCACCAACCAACGACAUAGAUGAAUUCAUCAAACAUCUGAAUCUUGGCGAUUAUGAGAAAGAUAUCAAAGAAUCGGUUGAGUACUACCAAAGAAAGGGACAGUUUUCUGGUAAAAAAUACCAAGGAGCCAAGAAGCGUGGUAACGAUAAUCAAAAGCAGGCUUUACCUGAACCUGCGCCGAUUGCAUCAGAAACAAGUGAAACAGAUGAGCUAACUCGCAAGAUAUUGACCGACGUCAAUAAUUUGGUUGAUGAAGAAGCAGCAGCCGCAGAGCAGAAAGAGGAAGCCGAGAAAGUGGCAAAAAGCAAGACUGAAACUAAAGAAAAUUCAUCGAAAACAAAAUCAACUUUCGUCUACACUCUUCCCGGGGAAGUCAUAAAAACUUCCCUUAGUCGUCAUCAACGUGGCAUCAUGGACGCUCGCAUUUACCAUUUACUAACAAAAAAAGAAAUCAUACUUCCUCAGAUUUUGGAAGACGAGAACUAUCGUGAAAUACCAUCGAUUCACUUGUUCUACCGACCAGCAAGGCAAAUGAUUUAUGCUGUUCUUUUCAACCUCUACCACCAAAAAUAUCUGUGUUCAAAACAAAACAUGGGCGACAAAGAUAAGAAAAAUGAGCGCAAGGAGGCAUCGGGUCAGUCCCAUAAACUACCCGAAAUCCAAAUAAGCGAGUGGAUUUGGUCGCCACAAAAUGAGUAUAAACGACCGGAUGUCGUCACGGCCCAAGCUCUUCCAUGGGCGGUUCCCACUGUUCAACGAUUGUGGUUCGGAAUGGCGUUUGAUGAUAAACAACGCAGAAUGAGGGCGUUUCUGAGCAUAAUGAGAUCUGACACUCCCUUAAUGUUAAAUAGGGGUUAUGUCCCGCAGCAUAUGUUAGUGAUGGCUUGCGUUUUGCGAUACAUCGUCACAUGCCCAGACAGAACCAUAUUGACCAGGCAAGAACUAGACGCCUUCCUUGCCACCGCCUUUUCGCCUCAACUACCCAUUGUUGAAUACACUCAGGAACUAGUGUUACCAGGCGUGCAUCUUCGAGGUGUGUAUCUGGCGACACUAUUUAUGCAGGGUGUUGAGACAGCCUCGCUGGCAAACGAUUCGUGUGGAGUGCCUCUUCCCUGGACCAUGACGAACCCAUGGUUAUUCUUCGACGGAAAGCUUUUCCAUCUUAAACUGAAAAUGUCCACAUAUGUAACAACAUUGCGUGAACUCUGUGAUGACCAUAUCGAAAUCGUCCUGAAAAUUGAACGAUUCCGCAAGGCGAUUUUAGAAGACGUUGAACAUUAUCUUUUACCAGCUGCUCAUAUGGACCCCAUGUAUCGACCAGGAUUUCUACCACCUCCAGCGAUUCCAAUUCCUGCUUACAACAACAAAAACGCACUUCAUUCCCUUGCAACAGCAGCCAGCUCAAAUGGAACAAUAUUCUACAAUGCCCAAGCUCCAUACUUUUCCAUUUCAUCAACUCUUCUUGGCCGCGAUGCUAUCACUGGAGUUAAUACCACUGGAAUGAAUGCGCGCACCAAUAUGCGUGGAGCUGCUGGUCAGCAGCGUAACGGUGCAGGGAAACGUAAAGACUAUCAGCUCAAAGUAGGCGGAAUAGUUACAGGUUCAUGGGCGGCCGGCGGAAUUCAAAACCGCUCAUUGUUUGGUUCGCCUGCUAAUCGUCUAAACACUCGCCUAACCGUCGCUGCUAAUCGAUUCAAUGUAAACAAUCGUGGGAAAAUGUCAGUCAAUGCUCGUUUGCAGAGGAAUCAAAAUACGAGCACAUCAAACAUUGCCAAUCGAGCAAUCGCACGAGUUUAUGGAAACAAAUUAAACACUCGCAAUCGAAAUAAGCAGAAACGGAAGGAGAAUCGCAAAGGCAAACAACAGGGAAAAAAACAAAACACAAAGGCUGAUCAGAAGACUUCACAGAGUGGUGAAAAGUCAGAAAUCAAGACUGAAAUCGAUACAAUCGUAGAGAAAGUAAAAAAUACUUCGUUAAGGGAGUGCACCGUUGAGCUUCGAAACGGGAAAACAAUCCUUGCGUCGGAUCUAGCCAAUUCCAUAUGUGAUGAACUAUUGAAGGAUGAAGAAGAAUCUCCAAAAACUUUGAAAACAGAACAAGUUUCCCCGCCGUCAGUCUCAUCGCCGUCAAAACCCAAAGCAGAAACUGUACCGAACGAUACAGGAGCCUCAGGUGAUUCUACGAAAAAUGACGAGUUAAAGCAAGCACCGACGGCGACAAAAUCAGCGACAUCGGCCGCUAAAAGUGCUACAAACGCUACAGCUCUGACAAAGAAAACGAAAGCGAAGAAGAAUGGAACCGCCAAUGCUGCCUUAAAUAAGACUGUAUCUAGUGAAAGCGGAGGCGAAAAUGAUAAUUCCGCUAUGAAUGCAUCCAAUAAUUCUGAGGUUGAGGAGUUAGGGCAAGGAGACGUAGCCGUUCAAGGUUAAGUAUCACUAGGUAAUCCUCUUUUUUGGCAGUUUUAUUUCUUUUUUUCCACCCCUUGAGAGAGAAUGCGUACAUGCUAUAUUGGUAGCGAUUGAUAAUUUACUGAAGUUAUGAACUUUUUGAUUAGUCGAUACGGACUCGUUUUUGCUCUUUUUUUCUUACACGAAUACGAUUAUGAACUAUAAAGUAAUAUCAAAACAUAUUAGAAAAAGGAAAAAUAUUAAUAAUGUUUGUCGUCGCUGAUAUAUCCUUACUCGGAGACAAUAUUUUUGUUUUUCCCAGAUUACAUUGAAAUAUAAAGUUUUUUGAUUUAAUACACUUUCAACAUGAUCAGCUGCAACAGCAAUUAUUGGUUGAAUUAAUAUUAACAUUUUGUUAGAUACCUUCGCAUCAUUAUUAGGUUUCGCUUCCAUUGAAUAUGCGAAUUGGCGAGUAACUGACUUACUUUGAAUAAAAACGGAAUGUACCUCUGAGUCCCCGUGUGGUCCUUAGCUAAUUCUGUUAUCGAAUAUUAACAGCUGCUAUUGGGACCGGAUCGGGCUUCAUUUCUCAAAAAUGUAAAAUUUCCGAAAAGAAACCAAUGCGAUGCGAAGGAUUGAUAACAGAAAAUUGAAAACAAUUUGUUAUAAUUACACAUUAAAAAUUACUAUUGAAUAUUGAUUUAUAUUAACCGUUUAUUUUCAUAGACAUUUAAGAUCGUUAAGAGUAAAUAACUGAAAGUGUAAGAGUAUUAUAUAAUGUACUUGUUACAAUUACUAAUUCUUUAAUCAUUUUUACUUUGCACCUUCUAUUUUCCUAUUCUCUAAAUGCUUACUUCUGUUCGUGACCAAUGUGUCAUCAGAUUAACUAAAACAAUAAAACCUGAUUCAAUUCAAUAUAUUGAAAUAAAAAAGCCAGACGAAAUUCAUAGUGCGAUAAUUCGAAUUGCAACAGGAACUAUUACAUAUGUAAACAUAGAACAGUUCGCGAUCGAAUUUAGUUGACACGCUAAAGAGUCAUAACUUGAAAUAAUUCAAAAUCACAUUACCAGAAUGGACAAACCUUGAUUGAGUCGACGAAGAAACGAGCAAUGAUUAUUUUUUUGAUGGAAUUUGCAAAGUGAUAUUCGUCGUGAUCAGUGCGGGACCUGCGAGUAGUCUUGAUCACAAUUAUGCAUUUAAUGAGGCUAAAUAUUUUCUCAGCAUACUGAAUGAGACCAAGUGAUUUCGUCAUAAAAGUGGCGGGACUGUCGCGGGUUUACCUCCUAGAUAUGAAGCAAAACCAAUUGAAACAAACCAUGGACGUGACAUUAUUAAAACAUCAACAAGUGAAAACAUCAACAGUAAAGGAAUAACGUGCCCUAAGGAAACAAAAGAGUUAUACAAAUAAAUUAACAAAGAAAUCUAAAAAUAAAACAAAAUAAUGAAACAUUUUUUUAUUUUUAUAAAAAUAAGAAAGUGUUUAUGGUCUGUGAUGUUAUAAAUAUAUUUUUAUAUAUAUUUGUUAUUAUAUUGUUAAACGUAUUUAAAAUGCAAAAGAAAAAUAUAUAACUGACAAAUAUUUAAGAUAAUAUAAAAGAUGAGAUAAUUCGAACACGAAACGCUUAACUGUGCUAUUGAGUGAAAUGAAAUUUUAAAUUUCUCGGACGCGCGAAUCAAAAGCUAAUUUAUGCUCCAAUGAGUGUAUUGUUGUCCCUAUCAUAGACUUAACAUCAUUCGACAUGCAUAUUUACAUAAGAUAUUUAGAGUUGGAAUUUAAAAUUCCGUUUUACAUUUAUAUGUAUCUAUUUACAUCAAGAGACUUAGUUAAGCGUUUAUAUAAGAUAUAAUGUUGGUUAAUAUAUUUAUUAUUGCUAAGAAGAAAUAAAAGCGUGAUAACACAGCACGUUGAGGUCAAGUAGUUGUAAUAAAACGCGAUAAAUUGCCUCAGCGGGCGAUGAAAAGAUGAAUGUAAGAUGACUAUUGUUAGGAGCUUUAAGACCGAAUCUUAACAAAAUGACUGCAUCUGCCCAAUGAAUGAAAAGAAAGAAUGAUACACAGAAUCCACAGCAAAAGUACUAAGUGAUAAACUAAAAUAUUUUCUGUCAAAGUUAUACCCGAAGAAAAUGAAAUCGAUCACAUGUAAAACAUACGAAGAGUAUUUUUGGAAGGAAGUAAUCUGGUUAGGAAGGACAGGUCUUACCUACAUUUUUCUUGAGACGACAAAGUAAUUUGAUGCGCAUGCGUGCCGCGGAGCAUGCCAUGUAAGCACAAGCAAAGGAGCAAGUAAUGUUAACAAUUAUUCCACAUUUUGAAACUGAAGUAACUUGCAAGUAAAUGAAACAAGAUGUUACUCAAAACGUAUAUUGAAUUGACACAAUUUAACGAUCCGUUCGAAAAGGUAUUUGAGUUAGCCUAUGUGCAGCAGACACAGAAAUAUCUUCUUUUGUUUUCUCAAAGAUAACGUUUAAUCCAAUCACCAGUUUUCAUCUAAUCAAAUAUCAUACUAAUUAAUACGCUAUGCAGCGUGCAUAGCUCUAAAUGAACAAGUUUGUGAAGACUAGAGAGCAUUUUAACUUGCUGUUUUUAAUAUGAACACUUUGUGUUGAUUUCCACAAAGACAGUAAUAGAAUGCAACUUGUAUUCCCCCGGAGCCGACGUCAAAUGAAAUCCAUGAACAUUACAACUAGAAGUGGAGUUUCAAUGACUUCAACUCACAUAUGAAAAUUAAAAUCCCACGAUUAGCCGAUUCCCUUGCAAAAUGGAGUGCAAACUUUUAAAAAGUAAUCUCGCAAUUAUAAAUCUGCAACACAUUUACCCACAAGAAUUUUCAAAGCCGUUUUAGAACUAUUUCUAGUAACUUUAUCUGUUUAUAAUAGUCGCAUUGAUAUAUUCAUUUCAUCGAAUUGCUAUAAGUGAAGGCGUAAUCGGAACAAUUUCCCAGAGUUUCUACCUAACGGACAAUUUUCGCGCCGCACGGUAUAUCAGUGUCCGAUUUUUUCACAUCAUUAAACCAAACAAACUCUCCCCAAACGUGAACUUAUUGAUUCAUUAAAAAUUAAAUCAUGUUAGAUAUGUUUGUCCACAUAUUCAUAUUCAACCCGUUUAGGGGUAGGACGCAACUAGACGAGUCUUUUUGUCCGCCUUCAAAAAAAAAUUUUUACCACAAAAUACAGUGUUUAUUCGAAGUUAUUGGAAGUUGUGUUGGGCAAACUGCACAACUUCCUGCUUCUUACCACUGAAUAUUCAAUGUCAAAGUUAAGCUAUAAAUAUAAAGGAGGAAGCAAACAGGAUAUUUUGCUAGCGUUAUUUUGUAGGUCCAAGCUUUUUAUAUUAUUUGCCAAUCCACUUCGAUAUUGUUUCAACGACACAUGUCUUAUUGAUUUAAGCACACAGUUUAACUAAAUGUUACUAUGCAUAUUGUAAUUAACUCGAAAAUAUAUAAACAAAAAGAAAAUGUUUUUUAUCAAGUAAUUUGCAUGUAAUACAUUUAUACGUGAUUGAAAAAGAGAAAAAGUACAUUAAAACGAAUAAACAUAUAUUUAUAUAUAUAUGAUUAAUAUGUAACGGUAAUUAUGGCGGAAAAUUUGGGAGUUUUCUACUUGAAAUCUUAGAUAAGUGUUGCUACAUGAAAAGUUGUUAAUUUUACAUUGGUUAAGGGAAAAAUACAAGGAUUCAUUGGAAGCGUUCCCUGAAAUAGAACGAAGGAUUCAACAGUUUAUCUGAGUAUAGGCAAACCUAUUCUGGGCACCGUAAAUUUCUUUUGGAAUUUCAAUUGGAUUUUCUCCCUUAUCAACGCAUAAUUUAUCACUUUUCGUGGGUAUCGAAAAUCUACAUUUUUUAUUUAAACUUUUAUGGAGCAAGAUCCAAGGGAAGCUGAAGACCGUGAACUUAAAAUAUCUUAUAAUUUCAAUGAACUCUAAUAACAAGAACUUUUCUCUUUUCACACAAUGAAAAUGCUUAUUCAAUCGUAAAUAAAUAUUAUUCAAACAAGCAAUAUAUAUGAAACGAUAGUUUGUUGCUUCACGACACUUAGAACGAGUGAACAGUUGAUGCGAAUAAAUCAGUUUGGAAAGUCGCUCUGCGGAGCCAAUAUGAUAUGAAUAUAGAAGGCAAAAGCGAACUUUUGGACACAACAUGCAUUCAUGCAAAAUAGAGAGCAUUCAUUGAAAUAGUUUAGCACGAAAUUUGCAUUUGCUAGAAACUUACGCUAUGAAACACUUAAACAAGAAAAACAUAUAAAAGUAAUUAUGAUAAAUAGCUCCGAUGUUUAACGUUAAUCUUAUAUAUUUAAUAUUAUUUACACGUUUCUAUAUAUAAACUAAUAAAUAAAGUUUAGAGUUUAAUUUCAAUGGUGAAAAAAGAAUUGCUUGAAAUAUAUAGUCGAAACUAUUGAAAUUGUUAGAAGGAAAUAAAAACUGUUUGGAGCCGCGAUGAAAGGGAUAUGUUGGAAGAAGAAGGUAUGGGAGAAAUUUCACAGCACAUUUUCUGCAUAGAAAAACAAUUUUUAAUGUCCUGAUAUCAUACUCACCCUCUCCCCGUUAAAGAAUACCAACCACGAACGGUUUGAAUUGGAAAGAAGUAAUCAAUAAUGUACGAAGCUUAUGUUUAAAAAUAAUAAAUAUAUGUAUGAAAAAUAUUAUUAAGUAGCUACAUAUUUUACAUUUUUUCUCUUUUUCAAAGUGUAAAGAACACUACAAUUAAGGAGCGCGCCCGGUGACGACGACACGACAGAUUUGCCUGAGCCACACUGACCCUACCAACCAACAACGACAAAGUAUUGCAUAAUGUGUUUGCAAGAUACACGUGUUGAAAUCACUGUUAUUAAGUCCUAUCUGGCUGAUGCGAAUGCUUGCAUCUCCUUUUUCUAUCUCAGACAACCCUCUAUGGCUGGUUUGACAAAUGUCUGUGUCUGCAUCAGCAAUCAAACAGUCGAAUGUGUUUUUGAUAAGUAUAUCUUGAAAAUACACCAAUCAAUAUUUUGUUGGUGUUGUUGCCAGUGUGGCUUAAAUAAAUAUGCGUUUUCGUGCCUUUGCCAAUGGACGCGCUUCCUAACAUUUCAAAUUUCCGAAUCUUCCGUUUUUGAUUUACCCCAAUACUACGGUAAACUAGUUUUGGUUUCAGUUUCAAAAUUAAUCUUAAGAAUUUUUCAAACAUUGUAAUCCUCGAAAAUUUCAUUUUAUUAUCUAUCGGAGGAAAUACACUUCUAUGAUAAAAAUAUGUUGAAUAUUUUGGUGAAAACAGAAACAGGAAAAAUAUAAAUGGAAACAUUUCACUUCUAUAGAAAAAAAACAAAAUUGCGAAUUAUAUAAAACACAUUAAAAUAAAACCUUAAAACCAUUAAAAUACAUAAAUCUAAAUGAAUAUUUACUAUCGUAUAUUAAACAUAUAUGGGCAGUCAGAAAUUGUAAAAGAUUUGUCAUAAAAUAAAUACAAAUGAGAAUGUUAAAA